AAUUAUAGUUAGUAAAAAAAAAAAAGAAAAAGAUGGAAAUUUUUCAUCUGCAUUUGGUCUUCCCCUUCACACCUCCCAAUCCCACCAAAGGCCAUGGAAACACCACCACCCCUUCUUCCUCUUCUCCCCCACCUCCAUUUUGGCUCUUCCCCCAAAUCCAUGAUGCUGAAUCACUGAGAUUUGUAAGGCUUGGUUUGUGUUGAUCUUGGUCUGAGAUGGAGGAGGUGGAAGAAGCUAAUAAGGCAGCUGUUGAGAGCUGCUACAGAGUUCUAACCCUUCUUUCCCACUCCCAGGAUCAUCCAAUUCAGCAUAAGAUUGUUGUAGCAGAGACAGGGGAAGCUGUUUCCAGGUUCAGAAGAGUUGCUUCCAUUCUCAGCAACUGCAAGGGCCAUGCCAGGGUCAGAACUGAAAAGAAACCCCUGCCCAAAUUCAACCACAGAAUCUUCUUGGAUUUCCCAUCAUCCACUAGUAGCAGAUUAGAUAAUAGCCAAAGAUCACAGUUUGGUGCUGUUUCAAGGGCCACAACAGCCCAAUUGAGCCCCAAGCUGUUCAUCGAGAAGCAGCCGGUUCCGGAAUUGGAUUCGACUCCUAAGUUAGCCCAUUUCCAGCUCGCGCCGCAGCCCGGGCCUUUCCACUUCCAGUUCCAGCAGCAUGUGAGGUUCCAGAAUGAGGUCUUCCGGAGGGCCGGCAAUGAGAUAAGCUUCAAGAUCGAGGAGUCGAGCCGCGGGGGGGCGACCGCGUCGUCGAACACGAACCGGUCGUUCCUGUCCUCGCUGAGCGUGGACGGCGAGGCGUUCAGUCUGAUCGGCGCGGCGCCAACGCCGCCGGACGUGGCGGCCGCGCGCCCCGCGCCUAUCAAGAGGAAGUGUCAUGGCAAAGGGGAGGAUGGGAAUGGCAAGUGCUCUAGCAGUGGGAGGUGCCAUUGCUCGAAGAGGAGGAAAUUGAGAGUGAAGAGGUCCAUUAAAGUGCCUGCCAUUAGCAACAAGCUUGCUGAUAUUCCCCCUGAUGAGUACUCAUGGAGAAAGUAUGGUCAGAAACCAAUUAAAGGUUCUCCUCAUCCCAGGGGAUACUACAAAUGCAGCAGCAUGAGGGGUUGCCCUGCGAGAAAGCAUGUCGAGAGGUGCUUGGACGACCCUUCGAUGCUCAUUGUUACUUACGAGGGGGAGCACAACCAUCAAAGAUCACAAGCUCAAUCGGCGCAGACAUAGAAGAGACUUUUUGAGUUGUAUAACUGAAAGAAACCCAUUCAAGCCUCUUGUUAUGAAAAAUGAUCCGACUUGUGACCUUUUAACGGCGGAAUAGAGAUCCUGAAAAGCAUUGAGAGUUCAUUCCCCCUGUAAAAGCAGAUAGAACAUGGGCGCGUUCACGAGGUGUGGAAAGUGUUGAUCCUCGCAUUUUGGUAAGACUUGAGUUUGAUCAAUUGAGAUUCCCGAUGUAGUCUGAUUGCGAAAAUCUUUGAUGUCAAAAGUUGGAAAUUUGAAGCUGGAACUGUAGCUUCUGUAAUCCUGGGGUGCAAUGGAAGGUCAUGAAUUUGCUAAAAAAAAUUUCUGCUAAAUUGCAUGUUUCAG